UAUCAUUAAUCGGUUAACACUAGCUUUACUCUUUGUGGUAAAGAAUAAGGAAUUGGGAAACUGAGCUAAAAUCUAAACAAAUACAAGUCGUUCAGUUUUGUAUAUUGAAAGAUUCAUUUAUUUAAAAAAUGGAAGUAGAUGAAGAGGAAUUUGAGAUGCCCUCAUCCAGCAGCAAAGGCGAGAAGAAACGUUUCGAAGUGAAAAAGUGGAAUGCCGUCGCUUUAUGGGCUUGGGAUAUUGUUGUCGACAACUGUGCUAUUUGCCGUAACCACAUCAUGGAUUUAUGCAUAGAAUGUCAAGCUAAUCAAGCUUCAGCUACUAGUGAAGAGUGCACUGUCGCUUGGGGCGUUUGUAAUCAUGCUUUUCAUUUCCAUUGCAUUUCCCGCUGGUUGAAAACACGUCAAGUAUGCCCCUUGGAUAAUAGAGAAUGGGAUUUCCAAAAAUAUGGGCAUUAGUAGAUAAACGGAAGCUGUUUAAUUAUAGUACUUGUAAGAAUGUUUCUUCUUUUUUUUCAUUCUUUUUAUAUUUUGUUUUUUUUUUUCUAAGAAAAAUUACGCAUCUUUCAUAAUUAAAUUCAAAUACUAAGUACAUCAAAUGUAAAAAAUGAUCCUAUUUAAAUGGAGUUACAUUCACUCAGAAAAGCAAAACUUUUUAACCCAAGUCAUGUAUAAAGAAAAGUUUUAACGAAACAGGUUUAUUAAAGGAAAGUAGACAAACCCAUACAAAAAAAA